CCUAUCUUGUUGAAGUCGCUAGGACGCUCUAGCGUAACUAGCAACAAGCCAAUCACCAUUCAGUGCCACCGCUUCUACGCCAAUCGUGGAAUAGUUUACUGGGUAGCACGUUUCACUGACCCGUUACAUGUGAGAGCGCAAUGAAAGGAAAGCAGGUUUGAUUAAAACUCAAAAUAUUGGGAUUAUCACAACUUUAAAAGCAUACCAGACAUGAAAAAGAAGCAGGCGGUUGCAGAGGACAAAGUAGAGAUGAUUCCCCCAGAAUCCUCUCAAGAGGAGCAGGGAGGUGAGGCUCCCGUUAAAGCCAAAAGGAGCAAAACUGAGGAGGUGGUCUAUCACCCAGUGAAGCUGUCCAGAAGUGACCUGUACAGACCUCCUACCGCAGAGGAGCUCAGCCAGCUGAAAGAGGCAGAAAGCUUGUUUCACUGUAGCCUUCUCAAAAUGCAGAUGGAAGAGCUGCUGAAAGAGAUUGCCCUGAGUGAGAGAAGGAAACAGCACAUAGAUUCUUUCAUUCAGACAGUCACUAAUCUGCUCCAGACUGUGCCAGAAUCACCAGAGGUGGAGGUGAGUGACCUGUCAUGGCUGUCUGGUGCAGUUAAGGUCCCUUUCCUCCUGGUGCCCAAAACAACAAAGGGCAAGUUCCACAUGGCACCUCCUGCUUCUGUUGAUCUAAUCGGCAGCUACCCCCUGGGCACCUGCACCAAACCACGCAUCAUGGUGGACCUGGCUGUCACAAUUCCAGCUGAUGUCCUCCACCCAAAGGAUGUGAUUAACCAGAGGUAUCCGAGGAAGAGAGCUCUCUACCUGGCAGGCCUGGCCCAGUACCUCACAUCCUCCUCUGACAUUGGAACCAUGCGUUACUCUUGUCUCCAUGGAAAUCGACUACGACCAGUUCUGCUGCUGACACCUCCAGGUAAAGACUCUUCCAGCUUCAGCAUCCGUGUUCAUGCCUGUCCGCCUCCUGGGUUUUUCAGGCCCAGCCGUUUCCACCCCCAGAGGAAUAACAUCCGCAUAGAGUGGUACACUGAACUGCAGGCCUCCAAGUCUGAGCGCAUCGACCCUCCCACUCCACAUUACAAUAGCUCUGUCCUGGGGGAUUUGCUGCCCAGGGCUCAUCUCCAGUUUCUUUGUGCUAUCAGCUCCCAGUGCUCAUCUUUUGCCAAUGGGGUGGCUUUGCUCAAAGUGUGGCUUCGUCAAAGAGAGCUCGAACAGGGCACUGGUUGUUUCAGUGGCUUCCUGGCAUCAAUGCUGUUGGCUUAUCUGCUGACCACCCACCGAAUCAGUAACACUAUGACAGCCUAUCAGCUGCUGCGAAACAGCUUGAACUUUCUGGCAUCUACGGAUCUGACAGUGAAUGGGAUUAGCCUCGCCAGAGAUCCUGACUUUACAGCUCCAUCUCUUGCAGAGUUCCACAGUGCUUUCCAGGUUGUGUUUGUUGACCCUUCAGGCCAUCUCAACCUGUGUGCUGACAUGACUGCUUGUACCUACAAACAGCUGCAGCAUGAGGCUUCUGUGUCGAUGCAGUUCUGGGACAACCCUACAGUGGAUGGGUUCCACAGCCUCCUCAUGACUCCCAAACCCAUGAUGAGGACAAGUGACCAUGUAUUCCAAUUAUGUGAGCUGGUGAAGCUUCAGUCCAGCUGUAAGAAACUGAAUCUCCUCAGUGAGCUGAUGGACCACAGUGGAAAUUAUAUCCACACUGUGCUCCCUUUUAUUCUGUCCCUGCUUCAGCAAGGAUUGGGCCAAAGGAUUCGCCUCCUCACCCACUCCCUCUCUCCUGACCCUGAGUGGUCCGUGGAGAGUGACGCCCCAAAACACAGAGAUCAGCCUCCUCUCUCCUUCGGUUUGCUCUUAGAGCCAGAGCUGGCGGCCUCUGUUCUGGAAAGAGGCCCCCCUGCAGACAGCCCUAAGGCAUCUGAGUUUCGUCAGCUGUGGGGUUCUCGCUCCGAGCUGCGUCGCUUCCAGGACAGCACCAUCACUGAGGCUGUGGUUUGGGAUGCAAAGACCAUGUGCCAGAAACGGCUGAUCCCCAGACAGAUCAUCACACAUCUGCUACAGCUGCAUGCAGAUAUCCCCGAAUCCUGUGUGCGGUAUGUGGGGUCGAUGGUAGAUGACGUCAUAAAAACAGGAAAUGAGGUGCAUAGUACUGGAGAGGAGGAGAGUUUACUGGUGGUUCAGUCUUAUGAUGACCUGAGCAGAAAACUGUGGAGGCUGGAGGGUCUGCCUCUCUCUAUCACAGCAGUGCAGGGAGCCCACCCAGCACUCAGAUACACACAGGUUUUCCCCCCACUGCCAAUGAAGCCGGACUAUUCCUUCUUUGACAGAGAAAAGACUACUAGGUCACUGGUGCCAAAGGAAGGCAAACCUUGCCCAGCUUAUGUCACCCCUAUCAAAGUGAUCUGUCACAUGGAGGGGAGUGGAAAGUGGCCUCACAAUGCUCUCGCCAUUCGGCAUAUCCGAACUGCCUUCCACAUCCGCCUGGGAGAGUUACUCAAGAAGAACCAUAAUUAUACAUGCAGGCCCUGCCCCACACACCUUGAUGUCUGGAAGGAUGGCUUGGUGUUCCGCAUCCAGGUGGCAUACCAUCGGGAGCCUCAGGUGUUGAGGGAGAGUGUAAAUGCUGAGGGACUGCUUGUUGUAAGGGACAAUGAGGAGGUUCAGGCUUUGGAGAUGGCCACCAUUCACAAGCCUCUACUCACCAGCACAUUACAUGGGCUCCAGCAGCAACACCCAUGUUUCGGGGCAGUGUGUCGCCUGGCCAAACGUUGGCUGGGGGCUCAGCUCUUCAGUGAACACAUUACAGAGGACACAGCAGACUUAUUGGUGGCAUCACUCUUCCUGCACCCUGCACCCUUUACUCCUCCUGGUUCUCCUCAGGUGGGCUUCCUUCGUUUCCUUCAUCUACUCUCGUCCUUUGACUGGAGGAACAACCCGCUGAUAGUCAACCUCAACAGCCAGCUCACAGCGGCCGACUACACAGAAAUCAAGAACACGUUCAUGGGAUCCAGGGAGUCUCUGCCUGUCAUGUUUAUAGCUACACCUAAAGACAAAACGUUAUCUAUGUGGACCAAGCAAGCACCUACUGUACAGAUACUGCAGCGCGUGGUGGUAGUGGCUGCAGAGUGUCUCAAGCUCCUGGAACAUCAGCUGAUGGACAGCAGCCAGAUCCAUGAUAUCAGGGUGAUCAUGCGCCCCCCUCUGGAUGCCUAUGAUGUGUUGAUUCACCUGAACCCAAAGCAGGUUCCCCUGCUCAGCCAGGCAGUAGAUCCUCCCACUGUAACCUUCAGCAGGGGCGUCAUGACCGGAGGUGUGGGCAAGUCUGGAGGGGCCCUGCCUGUCAUUGACUACAACCCUGUGUCUCUUUACCUGGAGGAGCUCAGGGAGGCGUUUGGAGACCUGGCCCUCUUCUUCUGUGAUCCCUAUGGUGGAACAGUGAUUGCAGUUUUAUGGAAACCAAAAGCCUUCAUCCCAGUGCCUUUUAAGACAUCACAGGCGUCUGCUCGGAGCAUAGAGGUGACUGGAGAGGAAGUAAAUACUGUUCCCAAUGUCAAAGCAAUACUGGAAGACUUUCAGAUCAUGGGAGAGGGUUUGGUCAAAUCAGUGGAAGCGAGGACUGAAAAAUGGUCAUUUUAGACAACACUGAUGUGCACACCACAUUCACCAGAUACAUUCAAUUUAGUAUUGAUAUGUUCACCAGAGAAGGUAGACUUUUUUUGUUUUUAUUUUCUGACUUGGCAAAACCGACCAAUUGCAAUGUGAAUGAAUUAUGGACGUCUUGUUUAACAUUAUUAUGUGUUAAUGGUGUUGCUGUUAAAGACUAACCACAUUUGUUUUGGUGAAGCUGUAUCAUGUCUAUUAAAUAUGUUUCUGCCUUCUGAUUUAUAUUUCAUUCUUUUGUCUUUCUGUCUGUCAGUGGUGUACAUUUACAGAUCAGUGACAGAAAAGCGUAUGUGUGUCAGACCUUCCAUGUAGCAUGUUUUCCAAUGCACAACAGCACUUUCAGUUAGACCGAAAGGGCAGGGAGGUGGUGUUCAAGCAGAGACAUGUCCGUUAACUGGUUUUGUCUGGCUCAGAUUUGUUGACUGCUUCUAACAAAAUUCCUAGAAUAGGAUUGUCUCACUGUUCAUUUCCUAAAAAAACUGUAUGGCGUUUACACCCACAACCCAUUAGUCACUGAUACGAUAAGAAAGAUAAUAUUUAAUGCUAGACAGAGGAUUAUAACUUACUCUUGAAGCUCCCUGGAAUGAAUGCAAAAAGAUAAAGCUAGAAAGACAGUAAAAUAUACAAUUGUGUCCUAUAAGCACUGAGGUAGAGCAUUUCAAAUACAUUCCAUAAUAAUAAUUCCAAAUACUGUACCUUCACUCAAGCAAUACUGUACCUGUACCUGAAAACUGGUACAGAAAGAAGUGAUCAUAACAUACUGUCUGUACUUAACUGCCGUGUGUGAAUUCUUUGGCUGUAAUGGAAGUAUGGAAGGCUUGUGAUCCAGUUAAUGGUAGUUCUGUGCACCCUUAUUCAGAUGGCUUGUUGCGUGACAGGCUCUCUCAAUCUUUGUAUGCUUUGUCUAGGAUUUCAGUUGAAUAGGCUCUGCAGGUUACUUAAAGGGCAAUCACACCCUGAGAUGCAGGUGAGUGUUGUGAUUUUUGCAGGUUUAUUUGAUGACACAUUACUUGUCAUUGCAACUUUAGUUGUCAUUGCAACUUUAUGCGCUGAACACACAACUUGCUGUAUUCUAGUAACAGAAAAA